AUGGCAUUUGCAGGCACAACUCAGAAAUGCAUGGCCUGUGAAAAGACUGUGUACUUGGUGGAUAAGUUAACUGCAGACAAUCGAAUCUAUCACAAAGCCUGUUUCAGAUGCCACCACUGCAAGGGCACUCUUAAGCUUGGCAACUACAAUUCUUUCGAGGGAGUUCUCUAUUGCAGGCCACAUUUUGAUCAGCUUUUCAAGAGAACCGGAAGCCUGGAGAAAAGCUUUGAAGGGACACCAAAACUUGCAAAACCAGAGAAAUCUUCUGACAUUGAGAAACCGCUGGCGAAUAAGGUUUCGAGCAUGUUUGUUGGAACAAGAGACAAAUGUUUUGGGUGCAGCAAGACUGUCUAUCCAACUGAAAAGGUGUCAGUGAAUGGAACCUCUUAUCACAAGAGCUGCUUCAAAUGCACUCAUGGAGGAUGCACAAUCAGCCCUUCUAACUACAUUGCAUAUGAAGGCCGUCUAUACUGUAAACAUCAUCACAAUCAACUCAUAAAGGAGAAAGGCAACCUGAGCCAACUCGAGGCCGACCAUGAGAAGAAUUCAGCAGGAGUUGCUCCAGUUGCUUCAGAGUCAUAA